AUGGGCACCAUCAGAACGGAACCAACCACCGCCCUUCACGUGGUGGCGAUGCCAUAUCCCGGCAGAGGCCACAUAAAUCCCAUGAUGAAUCUUUGCAAACUCAUGUCUUUCACAAAGCCAGACAGCCUCUUCACUUUUGUUGUAACAGAGGAAUGGCAUGGCUUCAUCGGCUCAGAAACUAAAAACCCAGCCAAUAUCCGCUUUGCCACGAUCCCCAAUUGCAUACCUUCCGAGCUAGGCCGUGCCAAGGACUUCCCAGGAUUCUUGAAAGCUGUCGCCACAAAAAUGGAGGCUCCUUUUGAGCAGCUCCUUAAUCGGCUUGAGCUGCCAGUGGAUGUUAUCAUAGCUGAUACUUACCUUGAUUGGGUGGUCCGUGUUGGGAAUCGGAAGAAUAUUCCUGUUGCUUCUUUUUGGCCCAUGUCAGCUACUGUUUUUUCCGUGUUCCAUCAUUUUGAGCUACUGGAGCAAAAUGGGCAUUUCCCGGUGGAGUUAUCAGAAAGAGGUGAAGAACGUGUGGACUACAUUCCUGGAAUUCCUCCAACACGUUUAGUAGAUUUUCCUACAGUUUUCCAGGGAUCUGGUCGAAAAACCUUGUCCCGAGCUUUAGAGGCUGUUUCACUGGUGUCCAAAGCUCAGUAUCUUCUUUUCACUUCCGUCUACGAUCUUGAAGCCCAAGUCAUUGAUGCUUUAAAACCGAAGUUUCCUUUCCCUGUUUACUCUGUUGGCCCUACCAUACCUUAUUUCGAACUCAAAGACCACUCUUCAGUUAUUAGUAGUAAUCACAAUGUCCCUGCCUACAUUGAAUGGCUGAAUUGCCAACCCAAAGGAUCUGUGCUAUAUGUUUCAAUGGGAAGUUUCCUUUCAGUUUCAAGCUCCCAAUUGGAUGAAAUUGCUGCUGGGAUUCAUAAUAGUGGUGUUCGGUUCUUGUGGGUAUCACGAGGGGAAACAACUCUUUUUGAAGAUGGCUGUGGUAAUAUGGGGCUAGUAGUGCCAUGGUGUGAUCAACUGAGGGUGUUGGGCCAUCCUGCUGUUGGUGGUUUUUGGACACAUUGCGGGUGGAAUUCCACUCUAGAAGCUGUUUUUGCUGGAGUUCCAAUGCUUACUUCUCCUAUAUUUUGGGAUCAAAUUCCGGACAGCAAAAUAAUUGUGGAUGACUGGAAGAUAGGGUGGAGAGUGAAGAGAGAGGUUGGAAGUGAAAAUUUGGUGACACGAGAAGAAAUUGCAAAGCUUGUGAAAAGUUUUAUGGAUGCAGAGAACAGUGAAGCGAAGGAAUUGAGGAAGAGAGCUAAAGAACUUCAAGAGACUUGUAGUGCAGCAAUUGCCAAGGGUGGAUCAUCUUACACUAACCUUGAUUCUUUCAUAAGGGAUAUUUCACAAGGCCAGGCCAAGUAA